CAUUCUUCGAUCCGCCUUCUCGAGAGCGUAAACAAGCAACAACAGCAUGGUCGUGUCCACGUCCGUCGUGAUCGCCGUGGCGGUGGUCCUGGUGGUGCUGUGGGUGCUCAUUCUCUUCAUCUUCGCCACGAGCAUCCGCAUUGUCAACCAUGCGGAGGUCAUGAUCCUCGAGCGGUUUGGCCGGUACAAGAAGACGCUUUUGCCGGGUAUGCACAUCAUCGUGCCGAUCGUCGAACAAGUCCGUCCGAUCGCGUGGCGCCACCGCAGUCGCACGAUUCAGAACGGUGACGCGCCUGUGAUUUCUGCGACCACCGAGCGCGUGGACAUGCGCGAACACGUGAUUGAGUUCUCUCGACAGCACGUGAUCACCAAGGACACGGUCAUGAUUGACAUCGACGCGCUCGUGUACUUCCGCAUCGUCGACCCCCGUCUGGCCGUGUACAAGGCGCAGAACAUCCCCGACUCGGUGGAACUGGUGACCCAAGCAACGCUGCGCAACAUCAUUGCGACCAUGACGUUGGACGACACGUUCUCGUCCCGCGAUGAAAUCAACUACGAGUUGUUGAGCAAGGUGAAACACGACGUCGAGCGAUGGGGUGUCACUAUUACCCGCGUCGAAAUCUUUGACAUCAUUCCGCCCAUGGAUAUCAAGUUGGCCAUGGAGCAGCAGAUCAAGGCGGAGCGUUGGCGCCGCUCGGAAGUGCUCGAGGCGGAUGGACAGCGCGAAAGCAUGAUUGUCAACUCCCGCGGCGAUGCCGCCCGCAUGGUUUUGCGUGCGGAAGGGGACCGCGCGUCCAUGUUGUUGAGAGCCACGGGGGAAGCCGAGGCCAAAAUGCUUUCUUCCAAGGCGGAAGCGCAGUCGAUGGAGUCUAUUCGCGCGGCCAUCACGGAGGCCGGAGUGCGCGCCGUGGACUACCUCACUGCGAUCCAGUACUUGAAUGUCCUUCGCAGCAUCAACAUCAACCCCUCGCGCACCUCUGACAUGCGAUUGAUGCUGCUUCCCAUGGACACUGUCAACGGCGUCAAUGAUUUGGUCAAGCUCAACUCGUAGAUUACAUUUUACUACCUAACAGUAAACAAGAUUUGGCUAUUAUUGUGUAAA